AGCUAAAGUAUAAGGUUUCGUUCUGAGGGAGAGAGAGCUGUGUUUGACCCGGCUCAGCUUCGGUUUCCUCGUCCUUAGUGUUAAGCUACACUACAAAACUUGGUUUAUUCAGAGUUUACCUUGCCUUAUUGACCUGAGCAAAACAACACAAAAGGAGAUAUUUACAGUCUACCUAUGGACUUUUCCAUUCCAUUACCUUUUUCAGCAGUGGAUGUCUGGAAUAGGUGUACUGCGUGACACGGCGAGGAGGAAUGAGGCGGGAAGGUGUGUGUGAAAGGAGCCAUGCCGACUCUGUGGAAGCGGAUAGUGUUCUCUGUAGGCUCCAUACUGAGUAUCAGCUCGGUGGUGCUCCUGGUCGUGGCGCUCUCCACCGAGUGCUGGAUCACUGCGACCAUACUGUGUCAAACCGGGAUUGAUCUGGUGAACGCAUCAAAGCCUGAGCUCGAACAGUUUACUGGAGAUAUUUACUACGGGCUCUUUCAAGGAGGAAAAACGCGGAGGUGCGGCCUCGGCAGUCGUCGUUUCAAAAUUUACAUUUUCCCAAAACUGAUUAGGAAGGUCAACAGUGGUCUUCAUAUGAUCAUAAUCUUCUUCCUCUUCUUUGCCAUUGGCUUUGCACUGGUCAGUCUGGCAUUCUGCAUUUACAAUGCCAGAAAAGUGCCUUACCAGUCCAUCAAAGGACCUCUAGGCCUCUACCUCUGGAACCUCAUUGCAGCUCUGUUCGGUUGUCUCAGCUUUGCGUGUUUCAUCGCAGCAGUCCGGUGUCAUCGGUUAACAGAACGCGUGGCCAACUUUCAAGAAAAUCUGUUCCACCUGGUGGUUUUAGAGGAGAACCUGGGAUUCUCGUUUUGGCUCUGUGUUGCUAGUACUGUCUCACACGGAGCCAAUAUACUGGUGGUUGCCUCAAGCAAAAUUCACCUGCCCACAAUACAGACCAAAAAACCAGAGGAACCGACUGCAACAGGAGACGAUUUACUAUACUGAAUUAUUAAAAAAAAAACAUGGACUCCGAACUUGAGCAGAAAAAAUAGGAGCAAGAGAGACUCUUUUGCAUUGAACUAAACUCUGUAAAGCAGCUGUCCUGUACAAAAAGAUGCAUAUUGUAGAAGAAAAUGUUUUAUUGUUUAUGUGUUCAGCAUCUGAGUCAGCACUGUUUUGUACAUUGAUUCAUUUUGUGUAGAAACAAUUCUACAAAUCUUUUGUAGAAAUUAACCACUUAGUAGCAUUAUAAUGCAAAAAUGUAAGAGAAAAAAAAUCACAUAUUUAUAUAAAUAUACAGGGGUUGGACAAUGAAACUGAAACACCUGGUUUUCGAACACAAUAAUUCAUUAGUAUGGUGUAGGGCCUCCUUUUGCGGCCAAUACAGCAUCAAUUCAUCUUGGGAAUGAAAGAUACAAGUCCUGCACAGUGGCCAGAGAGAUUUUGAGCCAUUCUUCUUGCAGAAUAGUGGCCAGGUCACUACGUGAUGCUGGUGGAGGAAAACAUUUCCUGACUCGCUCCUCCAAAACACCCCAAAGUGGCUCAAUAAUAUUUAGAUCUGGUGACUGUGCAGGCCAUGGGAGAUGUUCAACUUUCAUGUUCAUCAAACCACUCUGUCACCAGUCUUGCUGCGUGUAUUGGGGCAUUAUCAUCCUGAUACACGGCACCGCCUUCAGGAUACAAUGUUUGAACCAUUGGGUGCACAUGGUCCUCCAGAAUGGUUCGGUAGUCCUUGGCAGUGACGCGCCCAUCUAGCACAAGUAUUGGGCCUAGGAAAUGCCAUGAUAUUGCAGCCCAAACCAUCACUGAUCCACCCCCAUGCUUCACUCUGGGCAUGCAACAGUCUGGGUGGUACGCUUCUUUGGGGCUUCUCCACACCGUAACUCUCCCGGAUGUGGGAAAGACAGUGAAGGUGGACUCAUCAGAGAACAAUACAUGUUUCACAUUGUCCACAGCCCAAGAUUUUCGCUGCUGGCACCAUUGAAACCGACGUUUGGCACUGGCACGAGUGACCAAAGGUUUGGCUAUAGCAGCCCGGCCAUGUACAUUAACCCUGUGGAGCUCCCGACAGACAGUUUUGGUGGAAACAGGAGAGUUGAGGUGCACAUUUAAUUCUGCAGUGAGUUGGGCAGCUGUGGUUUUAUGUUUUUUUGGAUACAAUCCGGGUUAGCACCCAGACAUCCCUUUCAGACAGCUUCCUCUUGCAUCCACAGUUACUCCUGUUGGAUGUGGUUCGUCCUUCUUGGUGGUACGCUGACAUUACCCUGGAUACCGUGGCUCUUGAUACAUCACAAAGACUUGCUGUCUUAGUCACAGAUGCGCCAGCGAGACGUGCACCAACAAUUUGUCCUCUUUUGAACUCUGUCACCCAUAAUGUUAUGUGCAUUGCAAUAUUUCAAGCAAAACUGUGCUAUUACUCUGCUAAUUAAACCUUCACACUCUGCUCUUGCUGGUGGAACGUGCAAUCAAUGAAGAUUGGCCACCAGGCUGGUCAAAUUUAGUCAUGAAACCUCCAACACUAAAUUGGCCAGUGUUUCAGUUUCAUUGUCCAACCCCUGUAUAUGUAUAUGGACGAUUCUGGAUAUAUUUAAUUUCAUAAUAAAAAAAUAAAUGUCCAGCUAACAGAGAAUGUUCAGUGUAAUGUUAAACAAAAAUACCUGUUACAUGUAGUCAAUAACAUUAACACAGACCCAUAGACAGUGUAUUAAAUGUUUUAGGAACUAAAAUUGAUCAGGACAUAAACCAUACUGUAAAAAAAUAAUUACACACUGUAUAUAACAGUUAUGUUACUAAAUCCUACACAGUUUCAUGUUUUGUUUUACGCUUUGUUUAUGUCAUACAUCCAAUUUAGUCACAUGAAACAGACCAAUUUUGACUGAGGAAUUUAAUAAAAGGUCCAGUUUUUAAUAGUGCUCUGAUUAUAGAGCACACUUUGUGCUAAAAACAAAACACAGUGAGAAUUUAUUAUAAGAUUCAGUAUCAAUUAUUCAUUAUUCUAUUUGAAUAUCCGGUUACUUUUUCUUCUCAUGGUCAUUGGUCAUUUAUUUACUGUGUUUUGUUUUUUGUGUGUGUUUUUCACACCCUCAAGCAAGUACAGCACACAGUGCAGUUUACUUGACACACUCCAGAGACUUUUCCAUAGUAGUAUAACAUUACAGUUAACUGUAGAAGCACCAGACCAAUUUUUUUUUCCCACACUGUCUUUUGCAAUUCAUCUUAUAGUUAGCACAGUCGCUCUCAACUGAUUUGAUUAGACUAGUGAGCCAACAUGCUAAUGAGAAAAAGCAUGUUUGUGUUGUGCAAACUCAAUUUUCCAUAAUUUUAUCCAUUCAGCUGUUUUUAGUAGGUAAAAUAUUUUUAAAAUUAGCUUCAGAACCAGAGGAACAAUCAAGAAGAAGCCAACGGGAAAGACAGAGAACAACAAAGACUAUAUUUGAGAUAUGAGAGAUGGAAAAUUAUCGUGCAUAUUUUUGUUGGAGGAUGUGUUUUGAUUUUCUAUUAAAUGGAGGUGUUGGCUAGCAACAAUAUCAAGAACAAGAGAUUCCAUACACAAAUCCUAUGACACAAUGGUAUAUUCCACUGUGGGGUGAAGGGCGAAUCAGGAGGAGUGCAACUGACAUCAUCAAGAAUUUUUGCCUUUGUACUUGACCCACAGUAACCCCAUAUUUAUCUUCUUCAGAGAAACUAAACUGUCAUUAAACUGUCAAA